AUGGCGUCCGUCGCCGCGGAGAAAUCAGAGCUGAAGGAAGAGGGCAUGAUCGAGGCUGCCACCCAGCUCACCCAAGAUCCCAAUUCCUCAGUCAAUCCCGACACGGUGGAAGAAGCGCUCGUGAGAGAGACCCAGGCCGCCGGUGGUGUCGCAUACCAAUUCGACCCCGAUGCCUCGCCGGAAGCAAAGGCGGCAGCCGCGGAAUCACGGCUACCGCCGGGCUUGAAGCGAGACAGCAAGCCCUCGGGAAUGGCCGUGAUCACGGAUAAGAGUGAUGGAAAAGCCGAUUACGAUCUACCUCCCCCGCGAUCAGCCACUGCGAUUUUGGCCGAAGAGGCUAAUGCCGCCACUGCAAUCAACGGGAAAGUCGACGAGGACAUGCGCUGGGCUCGCGAUCGCACGGGAUGGGCUCCCCAGUUUCAUGCCGAAAAGACGGAGGAGGAAGAAGCCGAGGGCACCUUGCUCGACCACCAGGACUUCUUGGAAGGCCGGGUUCCAGACAAGUUCUUCGGGGACUGGUACCACAACGCUGCCAUCAUCGUCUUCGCCUGCUUGAGCUCUUGGGUCAUCGCCGCUCUCGGUGGAGGAGUCGGGUGGGUCCUGCUGGUCAUGGCUGCGUGUGGCACGUACUAUCGUACCUCCAUCCGCCGAGUGCGCCGCAACUUCCGCGAUGAUAUCAAUCGAGAGAUGGCCAAGCAGCGCUUGGAGACCGACACGGAAAGUCUGGAAUGGAUCAACAGCUUCUUGGUCAAGUUCUGGCCGAUCUACGCCCCAGUACUGAGCGACACCAUCAUCAACUCGGUUGACCAGGUUCUGAGUACCUCGACUCCGGCCUUCUUGGACAGCCUGCGCCUGAAGACGUUCAUUCUGGGUACCAAGCCGCCCCGUCUGGAACAUGUCAAGACCUACCCAAAGACUGAUCCCGACACCGUCAUCAUGGACUGGAAAUUCAGUUUUACCCCCAACGAUACCAUGGAUCUGACAGCGCGCCAACUCAAGAACAAGAUUAACCCCAAAGUGGUCUUGGAAGUGCGCAUUGGCAAGGGUCUGGUCAGCAAGGGUCUGGAUGUGAUCGUCGAGGAUAUGGCCUGCUCCGGUCUGAUGCGUGUCAAGGUGAAGCUUCAAUUGCCCUUCCCACACAUUGAACGUGUGGACGUCUGCUUCCUGGACAAACCUGAAAUCGACUACGUCUGUAAGCCGCUAGGUGGUGACCACCUUGGCUUCGAUAUCAACUUUAUCCCUGGUCUGGAAUCCUUCAUCAAGGAGCAGAUUCACGCCAAUCUGCAACCAAUGAUGUAUGAUCCCAAUGUCUUCCCGAUUGAAAUCGCCAAAAUGCUGGCUGGCAAUCCUGUGGAUCAGGCCAUCGGUGUCGUGGCCGUGACGCUGCACGGGGCCCACCAGCUGAAGAAUCCGGACAAGUUCUCUGGCACUCCCGACCCGUACGCGGUGGUCUCGUUGAACAACCGCACGGAGCUCGGCCGGACCAAGACUGUACACAGCGAUGACAGCCCCCGCUGGAAUGAGACCAUCUACGUGAUUAUCACUUCAUUUGCAGAUGCUUUGACAAUCGUGCCAUUCGACUGGAAUGAAUACCGCAAGGAUAAGGAGCUCGGUACCGCCACAUUCCCACUGAGCAAGCUCGAGGAGGAGCCAUCCCAUGAAGGACUGUAUCUGGAGGUCAUGUCCAGCGGUCGUCAACGGGGUACAAUCUCAGCCGAUAUUCGCUUCUUCCCUGUGCUUGAAGGUGGUCAGCUUGAGACUGGUGAGGUUCAACCGCCGCCCGAGAUGAACACCGGUAUCGCGCAGUUCACGGUCGAGCAAGCAAAGGAUCUGGAUGGCAGCAAGAGUUUCGUCGGAAAGCUGAACCCGUAUGCUGUGUUGCUUCUGAAUGGCAAGGAAAUUCACGUCACCAACAAGCUGAAGCGAACAAACAACCCCAUUUUCCAGAACGCAUCGAAGGAAUUCCUGGUCACUGACCGCAAAAAUGCUCGACUCGGUCUUAUUAUCAAGGAUGAUCGGGAUCUUUUGACGGAUCCUAUCAUCGGACGCUACCAGAUCAAGAUGAACGACAUGAUGAAGAUGAUGGAACAAGGCAAAGAUUGGUUCCAUUUGCACGGUGUCAAGGAGGGCCGAGCGAAGCUGAAGCUUCAGUGGAAGCCCGUUGCCCUCAGUGCAGUGGUCGGCGGUACUGGCUACAUUGACCCGAUCGGUGUGAUGAGAUUCCACUUCAAGGAAGCGAGUGAUUUGCGCAAUCUUGAAGCUAUGGGCAAGUCUGACCCGUACGCGCGGGUCGUGUUGUCGGGUAUCCCUCGCGCGCGUACCGUCACUUUCCGCAACAAUCUCAACCCACAAUGGGACGAGGUUGUGUACGUCCCGAUUCGCAGCGCUCGUGAGAAAAUUGUGAUUGAGGUCAUGGAUGAAGAAAAGAUGGGCAAGGACCGCUCUCUUGGUCUGGUGGAGCUCAAGGCCGCCGAUUUCGUUCACGAGAAUGAGGAAGGCGAGUUUACUGUCGACGACGAGAAGCAACUGACAGUGUCGAAUCUUCAUUCGGAUGGCAAGAAGAACUUCAAGGGCCAAAUCAAGUACACGGUCUCCUUCUUCCCGACCAUCCCCGUCACCAAUCCCGAGGAUGAGGCUGAGCAAGAAGCGGCGGAAGAAGAAGAAGAAGCACAGGCUUCCGAGCCCAACGGCGCCGGUCCCUCUUCCACCUCUCGCAAGAUUACAGAGUCCAAGAGGCCUACGCAUAUCAAGACUGCUAGUGUUGACUCCAAGGCAUCUAUGACGUCUAAGACUCAAACAAAUGGCGUUUCUACGGACAGUGCUUCUAACGAGGAGCCGAGCACCAAUGGACGGGCUAGUCUGGAGACCAGUAGCUCUCGUCCGGUAGACUCGGAUGUUGCGUCCGUUCGAUCUAUCAAGUCGAUCCCGAAACUCGAGCUGGGCAGAGAGGACCUCGCCAAAUACGAGUCCGGAUUUGUCGUCUUCAAAUUCCACCAUGGCGAGUUUUCCCACAGCCAAGUUCAACUGGAGGUUGUGAUCGACGACUACUUGUUCGCGGCCUACACGUCACCUAAGAUUCAUUCCAAGACUCUCAAGUCCACCGACGUUGGCGAGGCCUUUAUUCGAGAGCUUGAGUUUUCUAAGAUGACUCUGCGCUUGCGCCCCAUGGAUGAGGACAAUGAUCGUAGUGAGGACCACACCGUUGCCAAACUCACUGGCAAUACCCUUACAACCCUGCAGCACAUUCUGUAUGAGCCUAAAGAGUUGGUGCUUCGGUCCAAUACCGGUCAGCUCAGCAAAGUCACUGUCAGCGCUCGCUACAUCCCUGUCCGUAUGACGUUGAACCCCAGAGAGAGCAUCAACAACAUGGGCAAAAUGCAAGUGAGGGUGAUCAAGGGUGUGAACCUGCCGAUCGCCGAUAGCAACGGCAAGAGUGACCCAUACUGCCGCUUCUACAUCGGUGGAGACGACAAGCACCACAUCUACAAGACCGAAGUGAUCAAAAAGAACCUGAAUCCUGUGUGGAACGAGGCCUUUGAGGCUGAGGUCAAGAGUCGCAUCGAUUCUAAAUUCCGCAUUGAGUGUUGGGAUUACGAUCGUGGUGUCGGGGACGAUCUUCUCGGCGAGUCGUUCGUCGAUCUGGAACAACUUGAGCCCUUCCAGCCCAAGGAGGUCGUGGUCACCCUCCAGAAUCCAUCGAAGGGUACCAAGCCACCUACCAAUGGCCAGCCCAGCACCAUCCAUCUGAAUCUGCUCUUCAAGCCUGACUAUGUGAUGCGUCUCACUCAGGGAUCAUCAACGUUCGUUGGUGGCAUUGGUGGCAAGGUCGGCGGCACGGCUAAGACCAUCGGUGGUGUUCCUCUGAAGGUUGGCGGUGUCGUCGUAGGUGGCGCUGCGCACGGUGCCACUACCAUUGGCGGCAAGCUCUUUGGGCGCUUCAGUAGGGACAAACACUCGGAGGAGGAUGCUGAGGUGAUUGUCGCCGACGCCGAUGGAGCAAACAGGUCUCGUGCGCCCGGUAUUGUCUCUGGUGCUCCCCUGGUGGACGUCACUCAAGACACUCCUGCACUGACCGUUGAGGGUGCCGGUACUCCUCCUACACCAUCCACCCCACAAAAGGAGCACAGCCGCAACCGCAGCGUAGCGACGUCUGUAUAUGGGGACCGACUAUCUGUCUUUGGCGGAGGCUCUCGGGGCGACACAGGCACGGCGCACAUCACCGUGGUCUCCGCCUCGGGCUUCCCGCCAUCUGCCAACCUCCGCAUCAGCGUGCGCGUGCAAGGUAGCAAGGGUGCCAAGGAAGUCCACAAGACGAAGGCCCACAAGGUCAGCAGCGAUGUCGUCGCUUUCGAUGAGACUUUCAAGGUUACCAAGGUCACCGCCGGGUCCCAGUACUCUAUUCGCGUGGUCGACCACGCCACCUUUGGCUCCGACGGUGUUCUCGGUGAAGGCUUCUUCCUCGUUGCCGAUCAAGGUUCCGAAGCUGGCCAGGACAAGGCCAUUGUCGUGGGCUCGGGUACUGUGGUGAUUAGGUCGAGCUUCGACUCGCCCGAUGCGGCUGGAGCGAGACCCGGAACAUCUCACUCUAUAACUGGGGAUGAAGAAGGCAACAGCCCUGCGGGCAAGAUGCCUCGUCGUAGCUUUUUGAGCAAGAGGAGCGCCAGCGGAGCGUGA